GCCGGUGGUGGGGGCGGGCGUAAAGUGAAUCCUCGAAGGACGUUUUUAAAACAUAUUAAUUUUUAGGGAACAAAAAUUAUGAUAUGACGAAAUAGAGAAACCUUUGGAGGACCACCCCUAAUUGCCCUCAUUUACCAUCAUGAGGCACAACCAGACCCGCGCUCAGAAUCCCUCUUCGGUCACCGUUCAGGUGAAGCCAGGGGUUUCAAAAUUGUCACAUCAGAGCCGGGAUUUGGUUGUUCGGAAGCCUAGGCUACACGAGAGGGGUGAAGGGGAAUCCAGCAAGAUGUCAAAGGUCUCCAAGGACGUUCCGUUUAUCAUACAGCACCAUGAGUUGGAAGCCUUUCUUAAACUCCUUGAUGAUGAGGUGAUUCAGGAUUUCCUCUGGAUGGACAGUUGCUGCCGAAUUGCAGAUAAGUAUUUAUUGGCCAUGGUCUUGACUUACUUCAAACGUGCAGAGCUUCACACAAGUCAGUACUCCAGAAUGAACUUCUUCUUGGCAUUGUACCUGGCAAAUGACAUGGAAGAGGAUGAGGAACAGUACAAGUAUGAGAUAUUUCCGUGGGCAUUGGGUGACAACUGGAGGAAGCUUGUGCCAAAUUUCCUCAAAUUGCGGCUGGACCUGUGGGCUCGGAUGAACUACAAGGCGGCUGUCAGCAGGCGAUGCUGUGAGGAGGUGAUUGCUACUAUCCCAUGCCACUAUAUAUGGCACAGAGACCGCCCAGCUCACCACAGUGGUGCAAUCAGAAGCUACCUGCAGAAAGAGACAGUACCUUACCCACAGGGGCCCAGUGGAACACCACCGUACUGCACCCUCUGCAAUCGCUACCGGUGCUACUUGGACCUUGAUUCGGAUUCCUCAUCUUCCUCCCCAGAAAACACUGUUUUGUUGGAUGGCAACUGGCCCCAAGAUCUGUUGAUACUGUCUCCAUCUGUACUGAUAGACCAUGGAAUAGAAGCUGUAGGGAACAAUUUGAAAUUUGGAUACCAACGGGCAACAACCAUGAAGCUGCUGGUUAUCUGCUCCUCAUUCUUCCUGGUGACUGCCGGAAGUAAACCUCAACCUUGUGAUGGACCAAAGCUGCUGGAAGGUCAGAUGGCUACUUUUGACCCGAGCAAGCACUACGAGGUGUGGUCCAAGUUCUCCUUUGAUGGGAUAAGAAAGAGGAUAUAUGCUGAAAAUGUGGUGGUGAUGGACAAAGGCAUUAAGGUCUUUGUGUGGGAUUUCUUCCUGUACAAUGAGAACGUUAUGUACCAAUUCUACCCCCAAAAUAAGACGUGUGUGAAGAAUCCUCUUCGUGCUCCAUUCCUGCCCAUUGCAAUUCCCCAAAAUGCGACAUUUGUUACUCAGCUGUACAUUGGAGGCUCCUCUGCUCCGGGAGAGGGGAUGCUGGCCAAUGUUUGGAGUGGUGAAGUUGGCACUGUGCACUACAUGGUGACAUUCACAGAGGUUGGCUGCCUCCCUGUAUCGGAACUGUAUUACACCAAGGAGACCGGCUGGGUAACUGAGAUGUUCUAUGACUUAACCACAGGAAUCCACGAUCCCACUGUAUUUAUACCUCCUGCGGAGUGCUCUCACCUAAACUGAAUAAGUGAGAAUAUUUGCUCUCGGACCUGAUAAAAUAGAAAAAUGUAUCUGAAAAAUUGGAAUAAAGAACAAUUGGCCUGUC